CCAUCCCUCCUCUGUGCUCCAUCUCUUUUCUUUCUUUCUUUGCUCUUUUGCUUCUGUCUGUCCUCCCUUCAGUCCAUCUCUUUCUUUCCCUCUCUCACUGCCUAUGCAGAGCUCCAUCUGUCCUGCUGUCUUUGUAAUAAUGUAACAUCAAUAUUGUUGUCCGUGCUUUCAUUGAUAAUGACAUCAAAAAGGUGUAACAGCGCCAUGUUAGUACCAAAUCUGCACAUGUGUCAUUCUGCAUCCCAGUGACUAUCAGCAAUGAGUUUUUUUUUUAUCUGAAGUGUUGAGGCUUUAUCUUCUGUGUCCAAUGCUUAUUGAGAGUUAACAGGCUCUACUACAGUGAUGUAAUCCCUCGUGUCUCUUGAUUAUACCGUCCUCAUUCCCAGAAGAUUUGAUCCUGAUGGAAAUACUGUGGGUUGUAGUAAAUAUGGCUGCUGGAAGGAUAAUGCUCCCUCCAACAAUGGCGUGCAUCCGGACAUGUUCACACCUGAACAUGUGACUAUGUCUCUUUUUGCUCAGGGUUUAUUGGGUUAGUUCUUGGCUGGCAUGGUUUUGAGAAGGUGACAGAUAGAUCAGAGGUGGUGAAAGGAAUAUAAGGCUCUCUACUCCUGUAAAUCACAACAGCUGACUGUCAAACAUAGUUCUUCUAACACGGGGUAAAAUCCACUUGUGACCGCUGAAAUUGGGACACCACAUAUACAUGCCACUCACAUGACUGUAAGGAAGCUGUAAAUCACAGGAACAACUCCUGGCACUGAUAUUAACAUGAUGCUGAGUAUAAAUACUUGCUGUGCUCUUCAUAUCAGGUGGUUGCUAUAGACAACCGACACAUGCUGUUUCAGGUGGCUUGGGGAGUUGUGACAGUUGCCAACUUAUCUGGAGGACAAGUAUUGGUUUUAAGAGAAGAGUAUCCACAUAAUUGCUAUUUCAGAGGCAUUUGCACCCUGACAGAAAUAGAAGUCUCCUUAAAUUCUCCUUGAAUUAAUUUCACAUUUUUGUAAGAAUGGACUUAAUGGAGCAAUAUAUUGGCGAGCAGCAGCUUCAAGAACCCUUACUUUUGUGUGUGUGUUUAGGCAGGGUUGUUGCUUCAUUUCUCCCCUGGCAGUCUUUGUCUUAUUCUAGACCAGCCGUAAAAGUAAGACCAUAAAAGAUGAUGGGAAGGAGAAGUGCCUCUUCUUUCUCCUUCACGAACACAGUUUGAGAGUGCAGCAGCCACUUCAGUUUGCUUGCCACGUUUUGUGCGCUUGCCAUCUCUCAUUUGCUGUAAUGGUAUUCUCCUUUGAUUAGAUUCCCAGCUCUGCUCUCCUCUGACCCUUUUAUGCAGCAUCAUCCAGGGCAAAUUCAUACAGCAUCACAGAGUUGGAUCUGCACUCAGAGCCUUACAUAUAAGACCAGAAUCCUAAAGCAGUUAAGUAGUGUAGAGUCUUACUGGAAUAUGUUAUUGGUGUUUGAGGCUUCUCUCCAUUAUCUGUCUGGAUAUUUGGCAAUAUGAGGACAUUUGAAUGAAUAAUGAAGGGUUUUAGUCAACAAGAUAUGAUCCUUUUGAGACGUCAUGCCAUUUUAUUAUUUCCACAAGAUUUCAUUUAUGAGACCCUGUCCAAACUGAAGAAAUUUGAUACUGCACCAUGUUAAUUAUAAUCAUUACAAAAUAUUAUUAUGGUCUCAUUUAUGUUAGUAUAAAAGACCAUUAAUACGUGUGUGAAAAUGACAUUUGUUAAUGUUUUAUGAUUUAAUAAAUCAUAAUCUAUACUAUACUACUAUAUUAUUUUAUUAAAUAUGAGGGAAUGCAAUUUGAGCAACAUUUUCUGAAAAGAUAACAAUUUGAUCCUUGUACACUAAUAGUUCUAUGCUGACAGUAGAUUAAAAAACCAGUUCCUCUGAGAUUUCCUGUGGACAAGACAUGGCCAUGUCUGCUGUAUUUAUAGAUCCUGCUUCUGCUGUCAGCAUACAGUUUUGUUAACUGACUGCUUUACGUGGUCUUGUCUCUAGUCUUCUCGCUUCCCAGCAAUCAUGACUCUGCAAAUGAAGGCCAUCAAGAAAGGGGAGAAAUAAAAUGAAGAGUUCAGAAAGAGAGCUGAUGGGGGGGGGGGGUCCAGGCCCUUGCAGAUACCUUCCCUGCUGUUCUCAGCAGAAAGCAAGAUGCAAUUAACAGGAAAAAGACGCCACUGAUUUCUCUCUCCUCUCCCUCUGCCUUCUGUUUAUCUCUCUUCCUCUUUCUCUCUCCGUGACUGCCUAAGGAUCGCUCUACUGCCGCUGUUUCUACUAUAUACCUCUGGUAUAGAAUUAAUAGAUGGAUUUCAUCUUAAAGCAGGAUGUCUUUGCUGCAAAAUGGAGGCCAUGCCUUGGUAGAUUGAUUUAAGAGGAAAUCUGGAUGCCUGGUCAAGCCUGUGGGCUCAGCUGCACCCACUUGGGAGACUUCCGUGAAUAAUGAUUCAUGACCGUCUCACGGUCUAAGAGCAUGGUGCUUGGAGAGUUGUCCCGGGUCUCCAGGCCCUGCUCUCCUCUGGAUCAGGAGAAAGCACUGAAGGCAGGCUGGCUGAAGAGACAGCGGAGUAUCAUGAAAAACUGGCAGCUCCGUUGGUUUGUCUUGAGGACUGAAGCUCUGUAUUUCUACAAGGACCAGGAUGAAACCAAGGCACAGGGUUGUAUUCCUCUUCAGGGCAGUCAGGUCAAUGAGCUGCCUGCCAAUCAGGAUGAGCCUGGUCGCCAUCCUUUUGAAAUUGUUCCAGGGGGCACUGGAGAAAAGGAUCGAACAGGUAUAAGCCACGAAUCAUUCCUGCUGAUGGCCAACUCUCAGAGUGACAUGGAGGAAUGGAUCAGAGCCAUACGUAGAGUCAUAUGGGCUCCACUCGGAGGAGGUGUCUUUGGGCAGCACCUAGAGGAGACAAUGUUGUACGAGGCCCAGUGUGGCCCUCAGCGACUGGUCCCUGUGCUGGUCGAACAGUGUGUGUGUUUCAUACGUGAACAUGGGCUCGAGGAGGAGGGCCUUUUCAGGGCCCCUGGACAGACCAAUCAUGUUCGAGAGCUGCAGGAUGCAUUUGACCGUGGCGAGAAGCCAGUGUUCGACAGUACCACAGAUGUCCACACAGUGGCAUCACUGCUAAAGCUGUACAUACGGGAGCUGCCGGAGCCUAUAAUCCCAUUCUCCAAAUACACACAGUUUCUCUCUUGUGCUCAGCUUCUUACCAAGGAUAAAACAAUGGGUAUCAUAGAGCUAGGCAAACAGGUGAAAUCCCUCCCUCAGGUCAACUACAACCUCCUUAAAUACAUCUGCAAGUUUCUGGAUGAGGUUCAGUCUCACUCCAGUGAGAAUAAGAUGAGUGUUCAGAAUCUGGCCACUGUGUUUGGACCCAAUAUCCUUCGGCCCAGAGUGGAGGAUCCAGUUACCAUGAUGGAGGGAAGUUCACAGGUGCAGUACCUGAUGACUGUGCUGAUCAGUGAACACGCCCGACUUUACCAACAGGAGGAGCCAGAAACUGAGACAGAGAUUCCCCCACAGCAACAGCAGAGUCCUAUCCAACGAUGCAAAGUGGAAUGGCUCUCAGAAGAAGACACUGACCCCCCACUCUCCUCAGGCACUGGCUCCAAAACCCCUAAAGAGAAACCCCAAUCUUCCACCCCUUCUACAGACAGUACAACGACUGCACCAAGCCUUAUUACAAUGUUGGAGAAGGGUGAGGAUGGUCAGAUUGAAGGGAAGGGCAAAAGUAAGAUAGAGGAGAAAGUGGAUGGAAAAGCACAUAGCAAAACUGAAGGGAAAGGUGGAAGUGAAGUAGCUGUUAGCCCGAGUAAACAAUCUAAAGCCCUGCCCUCCUGGAGGUGCUCCUUCAAAGGCAGUGCAACAUCUGGGGGGCCGAGGGGGAAAAUAGGGGGGUCAGCAGGGGAUGUGUCAGCAGCUGGUGGGAGCAACUGGCUGAUGAAUGGCCUGUCGUCCCUCCGAGCUCACAGGCGCACCACCUCAUCAGGUGAAAGACUUAAAGACUCCUCUCUGUCUCUGAAGGAUUCCACCCUUUCCCUUAAAGAGACCACUCUUUCACUUAAGGACUCACAGAGAGACUCUGAUGAAGACUCCCCCCAACCAUCUCUGUCUCACAGAGCCCUCCACCAAUCCCACAGACUGUCUGCCUAUGACAAUGUUGCCCCCUCCAGUCUGAGUCUGCCUGCAGACACCUCCUCUAUCUGGACGUCCUUUGAGAUCUCGUUGGCCGAGCCAGAGCUAAGCGACAAAGCAGAUAAAUUAGGGCAGGGUCAAGAGAGACCCACAGAGGUGAGGGACAAUACAAAUACUCUGGACCACAGUGCAAGUGGCACUGAGAAUGAUCUCCCAGGAACAAAUGAAGGUCUCACCAACAUGCUGACUCAGCUCAAGCAGGAGCUGAAGAAACAGAGGACGAGCUAUGAAACCUGCAUUCGCAAGUUGGAGGAGUCCUGUUCUAAGUACCAGUCCCAGGUAAACCACCUUGAGGAGGAACUGGACCAGGAGAAGAAAAAGUUUCACAUGCUAGAGAUCCGACUCAGGAACUCAGAGAGGGCUCAUCAAGACGCAGAGAACCGAAACAUUCUCCUCCAGCAAGAGAUGGAGGAGUUCUUCAAAACCCUUGGAGAUCUGACCACAGCAGCAACACGGACCAACUAGACCAGACCAACCUGCCUUCAUCUGGUCCAUCAGAGGAGCUUGAUUACUGGGAAGACCAGCCCCAAAGCUUUUAAGACCAAAUACCUCUAGUGCAGUACUACUUGCCAUCGCAUCCUCUUUAGUACAGCCGUCUUGUGCCUACACUGAACAGUGCUGGUGCCAAACAAAAAUUCCUCUGGACCAAGCACCUCUCAUUUUACCAUUUCACAAAAUUCCUUAUUCCUAUUAUACACCAUAGGUUAUGUAGCGGUUUAUUUAUUGUGAAAAGUCCUCUGUAAGAGAGCAGAAAUAGGCUUAUAUAUGAGGUACAGUCUUUCCAUACACACUCUGUUCAUUUCCCCUUAGAACUCGUAUUCUUGAAAGAAAUGUUGACAGUCAAAGAAACAACAAUGUGAGACAUUAAAAUUCAACUCUUUUAUUUGCUGGAGUUGAAGGUAGACAGUUUCCAUUUCUGAUGUAUAUAAUUAGUCUGUUAGUGAGGCAAUUUCAGAUCCAAAGGUCAAAAUUCACACAGCUGGCCUUACCAAAACACACUACAACAGGUUCACUCUUUGCUGUCAAUGUUUGGCCAAACCAUCAGAAGACUGCAGCAUCAUCCCAGUAGUGCUGAAUGGCUUCUCUUUCUUUCCUCUAAAUGUACCUGCACUAAAACCAGAUUUGCUCAGAGAAAACUCAUGCGUAGUCUAUUCUAUCUUUUCUAUUUUUGAGGAGAUGGAGGAGAGGAAAACCACAAAAAGAGGAAGCCACAAUAGUCACUUGAGAUGUGGCCCAGAAAGGGUCAGGACAUGCGUCACAAUCCCCAAAGUACAUUCUGGGAGCUGAUGCUAGGGGUUACUGCCUGGAGUGCCCAUGAAAAGGGCAAAGGGACAGGUUGGGAAUUUGAGCCAUCAAAUACAUCCAAAGGUUAUCAUGGUAGGUAGCAAAUGCCUGUUUCCUGACUCUCAGAAAACAUACAUCUACAGUAAAAUGUACAGAUCAAUCACUGACUAUACUAAUCUAUGAAUUAUAUUGCACAGAAAACAAAAAAAUUAAACAAAAUGCAUAUAAAUAGUACUUCUGAGUGAAAUGUACAUUACAUACAAUAGACGCCUCCUAGCUUGAAAUAAAUAAAUAAAUAACACAAA